GGCUCGAGUGUGAAAUGGAGAGUUCUCAACUUUUAAGACAGAUAAGAAGUUUUUGAAAAUUAUUUGUGUUGAAAAUGCGAAGUUCUAUUUUACUGAUUAUGUUGAACUUGGAGUUCUUGCAGGCGUUUUUUCUAUUCGCUGAAAAACACGAGCCCAUAUUGUUUUGUUUCAAAAUCUGUCCGUUGUACUGCUCGCCGCGGCGGCGUGACGAGGAUGCAUCAUCCCUGAUCUACAUCGAAGACGACCCACCUCCCCCCUAUGAGGACUACAGUCCCCAACCUUACCACGCUGGUCACUACAUCUUCUGCCAUUCCAAGCCGACUACGAAGCCCAAACCAACGACAACUACACCUAUGCCUACCACUACAGAGGAGCCUACAUUUAUAUCGCCUCGCUCCGUAUUUAUAGGGCCCCGGGCUAUAUCCAUCCCUUUCUCUCCCGAUAUUCCUGUCUCUAUCUCUCAUGUUCUGGACCAUAGUUCUGGAAUGUUCGAAGCGAGAGGUCCGAUGUUGCCGUCCCGUUUCUUUUUCUCUCGAAUAUUCCAGAAGUGUGUGGAAGAGUAUUUGAUGUGCAAGCGAGAUGAGAGAUAA